AACUAAAGGAAAUGUAAGAACACAUGUCAAUCUGAGUUUCAAUAUUGUUUGGCAUUUGUACUCAAAGUUGAAAAAUUAAAAAAAUAAAUAAAGUAUUUUAAGAAUAAUAUUUUUUAUAACAAAAUGGCGCUCAGAGCAAUCGAGUUCAGGAACCGCAACAGCAUUAUCGAUCCGAAAAACCCUUAUGAAACAUCUGCAAAACGUAGUCAAUCAGCUGAAAACCCCAGAGGAACGGCAGGGUCAAGUUCUCCGAAGAACUCUAUUCGGAUUCGUAGAUUGGCCAAACGCAAAUGCAAGAUCCUUGAUCUAUUGUGUGCAGCUUAUAAAGAUCGAAGAGAAAAUCUUAAGCAGCUAAAUGAACUAAUCAAACGAAGGAAGCGCGAAAGGAAAAGGCACUCAAACAGGCGAAAGAGGCGACACUUUCAUAAGCUAUUAAAACAAAUAGAGUUAACUAUAGUCAAAGACCUGACGCUGAAUCAAAGUUCUUUGAGCAUAACAAAAAGUAAGCGAUUUUACCUCAAAAAUGAACUGGAAAAAAUCAAGAAUCUUGCCAAAAAGUCACCCUAUUCAUGGAAGCACUUGAAGACUUAUAUAAGAAACAUAGAAAAUACAUUUUCUGGACUUCUACCUUUCGAGAAAGCCCUACAAAGAAGUCCUAUGCAGACAGACACGAACUCAUUAUUCUCAGUCUAUCAGAGUAUUUCAAAACAUAAUCCUACUUGUAUUAGAAGCAUUCCACCUACUUCUCACAUCAUCCAGGGACCAUAUAGUAUCCCCAAAACCUUUGAAAAUGAUGACAACAUAAAAUAUAGUACGCACUCAUUAAUAAAGGAAAGGAGUAAAAAGGUUUCAAAAAUAUCACUAAAAGCCUUUGAGGAAAAAGAAACACGGAACUUAAGAUUAUCGAUGUUGAGAGAAGCUUUAAGGAAGGACUGUCGCAUGAUAUGUCGCCUCGAAGAAUCUCUAAUCUCGAUAAUAAAUAAAAUCCAAGGAAAUCAAUUUAAAUGGAAAUUUUUUAGAAAGACUCUUAACAAUAGUUAUAGAAGUCGCAGUCGAAGUCGCAAACGAAGUCGCAGUAAAGUCAGAAAUCAAAACCGCAUUAGAAGUAGCAGUAACAGUCCCAGCGAAAUCCGCGGCCACACUAGAGCGCGAAGUCAAAGUAAAAAUCGAAGAAAAAAUACGAGACUAAUUAAAGUUCGCCAUCAAAAUCGCAGCCAAUCCCACAACCAUAAAAGUAAUAUUCAAGAUCGUAAAGAAAAUAUUCAAGAUCGUAAAGAAAGUAAGAGAAUUCAAAGUGAAGAAAGUAGUCACAUUGUCCAGAAAAAACCCAAAAAAAUAAGUAAAAUACACAAAUAUAAAAGUCACAGAAAGAAAAACAUAGAUGGAGACCUUUUUCAAAAAUCAUCGAGUCACGAGAUGAGCAAAUCUCUGGAAAAGAUCAAUUUGUUGAGAGAAAGAGAAUCCAGAACCGUGGUCUUACCAAUAAACCCUCGAGGCAUAUUAAGAAAAUCCACGGACUCUUUAGACUCAAACAGAAUUGGUAAAAUGGGAGUUACUCAGCGAAAAGGAUCUGCCUCGAAUGAUAAAAUUUCUUGGGAACACCUUAUGGUGAAGAAAGGAAUGGUAGGACUUGAACCAAGCAUUGAGUUCUCUGACCACAUUAACGAAGAUGAGGAGGUCGAUGAAGAGCAAGAUGAAGUAUCCCCUGAACUGGGAGCUGGCGAUGGUCUACAAUCAAGUCAGUCAGAAAAAACUAAAUGGUUGCCAUCUCAUAGGAAUUCCGUACCCCUUCCGUUCCUUAAGGAUCUUGAGUCUGGGGUUCACGAUAGCGACCUUGCCGAACUUGCGGGGCCAGAGGCUACUCAGAUAAAGAAAGUAUUUAGUUUGCUGCUGCGGGAAAAAACACCCACCGAUCCCAAAGAUUUAUGGUUACUAAAAAAAUAUGGUGAUUCGGCCAGGGCUUCUGAUGGUAUGCUGCAACAGCUUCAUAAUAUACGAUUGAGUCGGUGCAGUACUGCCUACCAAAGGAUCUUAACCGAAGCGGAGUUCGGGGGACUUAAAGAAAAGAUGGGCUCCAGACUGAAACGCGCUCUACGGUCUCAAACCUCUCUAAUAGAAGUUAGUUCAGCUGAUGAAAUAGAUGAGUUAGUGUUUGACAAGGAUUACAAUUUAGAAGCAAUGCUUAAACGUUGGCAAAAGUUCUUCGAUGAGCAGGUCAAAACUCCUUUUCAACUGGAACUUGAAAAGAAACGUAAAAUUAAAGAAAAAUUGGAACAUCAAAAGAGUCGGCGAUCCCAAACUCGGGAAAGAUCUCGUUUUCGCAGCAAAAGUCCAAAGCGUUUUGACCUGGAGAGGCAUUACAGUCAACCGCGUUUAACGGCCCGCCAACAAAAAGUUGAAAAGCGCAUUACACAGUCCCUUCACUCUCUCAAGUCAUUUAAAAAUAAUUCAAUGUGCUCCAUUUGCGGUUUGGGUCGUUGUAGUUCCAAUAUCAGUCAAGCCAAAUAGCACCUAUGUUCCAAAAUAUUUAUAAAAUUGAGUAAGAAAUACUAUUUAAAUUUGUAUGUGCAAAACAAAAAAUAAAAAGUGAAUUGUUUACGUU